AUGGCUACACUGGUGGGACUGUCCUCGCCUCACCUGCUACUGCACCGUUUUAUCCUCCGCCGCCCAACCCUGCCGCUCGCCUCCCUAGCCCACCGUCCCUUCCCUCACUUCAAAACGACGCCGUUCUACAGCUCUUUCCGCUUCUCCACCUCCUCCCCUUCUACUCUGUGCUCCCUCUCACAACUUGCCAACGACGUCGUUUUACAACCCGAGAACGUGAACACCAAAUCGGGUCGUGGUCCUCGAGGAUCCGAUGCGUCUGAGAGUCCGGGGACUUUGAAGAUUGUCGUUAAUGAAACCCCGCCGCCUAGCCUCACCGUGAAGGAGAAGAAGGAUCUGGCUUCGUAUGCCCACAGCUUGGGGAAAAAGCUAAAGUCACAGCAGGUUGGGAAAUCCGGCGUCACGGACACUGUUGUCACGGCGUUGGUUGAUACACUGGAAGCCAACGAACUUCUCAAGCUGAAAAUACAUGGCUCGUGUCCAGGGGACUUGGAAGAUGUGGUGAAGCAGCUAGAGAAAACCACUGGCUCGGUAGUAGUCGGGCAAAUUGGCAGAACCGUGAUUCUCUAUCGACCGAGCCUCACCAAGCAAAAAGCAGAAGAGAAAAAGAAACAGGCUCAGAGAAUUUAUUUGAAAAGGCAAUCGAAGUUGGAGCGAUUAGCUCAGGUUGGAUUUCUUGACAAACCCUUCUUUGAUUUCUUUCUUGUGGAAUGUGGGAUUUGUUCUUUUCGGUUUAUGCCGAGAUAUUGUGGUGGCUUUUCGAUAAUAUCUUGUUUCGAUGGAAGCUUGGAGCUAUGA